GCACCAUGUCAGGUCACUCACUCUCCGGGACCGCCAGUGUUACUUGAAUAAGUAAACACUGACCAGCGGGACCAGACUGGCCGACCCGUAUGCUCUCACUCAGUGGAUGGAUGAUGUCACAGGAAGCCAAUCUUACAAAGGAGGACCACACUUGUUUGUUUUGCUGUGGAAGCUAACGUUAGCUAAUGUGCUAAAAAGUUAGCGUUGCAGAGAAAUCCAAUCUUCCUCUUAAUCCCUCCCCAGUUUCUGAUGAGGUGGACAUGAUAACCCUUAAUACACAUAACCUUAUUCAUCCCUACAACAGGAAAUACUUUUUCCCUAACCUGAUAUGAAGUGUGCGCUGCACAUGUGAGCAUUUUUGAUGAUGGCCUCCGUCCAGUCCUUUGGUCUUAUCACAUUUAACCAUAGUUGUCUUUGUUUUUGUUGACGGGCAGUGGCGGCUGGUUUUGAGCCAUGACUCCUUCUAUUCUGGCUCCCAAUAACACAACAAGACAAACACAUUUUAACACUCCUAUGGAGCCUACAGCCCUGUGGGGGAGAGGCAGCUGCACCUCCAGCUGAUAACAUGAUGUCAUCGUGACGUCAUCGCGAUGUCAUCGUGACGUCUGGUUUAUUAAAGGGUUGACAGAAUGAGUGAAAUGAAUGUGUGUGAGUGCGUUUGUGGGAGAGAGGAGGCUGAAACAGUUUAUGUAUAAACACAUUAUUAAGAUAUGACAUGUUAAUUACAUCACAUUCAGUUGAAGCAGAUAGUGAGCUGUAUAAAAACAUUACCACCAUUAUGCUGAAAGGACCUGAUAACCUGAUGCAAAUAGGCAGAGUGAUUAGAAGAAAUUUAAAUAGCUGUUGCUGUAGUGUGUUAUAGAUAUGAGCUUCAUAAGGACAUGGUGUUUUAGUUCAUCUUUGUGAUUACGUAUGGCACCCUCUCAGUGUCUGGUUCAGGCUGUAACAGCAGCCUCUGGACCUGAACACAUAGACGCAUAACUACAAGUUAUAUUUACCAGGCAAAUAAGCCUCACCUCCCCACAUGCACAGCACGCAGCACAGUUUGCAUAGAAAGCGAAAGGAUCAGAGGAAAGUUAUUACAAUGCUUGACUGCUGUACAGAAAAUAUGAAUCAGCAAAGAGCAGAGGGGUUGAGUAUAAAAGAUCCAGGACAGCAGGUUACACCGAGUUCUGAUCAACAAAGACCUGCCGCACAAUGUGGAGCAGAUCAGAUCCAGCUCUCAGCAGGUGGAACAGCUUCAGCUCUGCAACUUCAGGUCACUCUGGACCACUCAGUGUGAUGGACAUACUCAACCUGUGGAAUGAUGACCCAGAGGAGGUCCUCUUGGAUCUGGGCUUUGGCUGCGACGAGCCCGACCUCUCUGGACGCAUCCCAGCUCGUUUCAUCAAUCAUCAGUCUCAGGCGAGAGGAAUAAACCUGCAGGUGUUUCUGGAGGCCCAGAAGAACCGGCUGGACCUGGAGAAUCCAGAUGUCAACAACCGUUUUAGACAGCUGGAGGUUCUCCAGCAGGUCACUACAGCAUUCUCCUCCUUGGUUGGGUCUUCCUCCUCCUCACCUCUCACAGCACCACUGGGGAAAGACCUGUCUCCUGAGGCCCGGGAGAGGAGGAGUCGCGUGGGCAUGCUGUUCAGACGAGCAUCAAAGAAGUCACUCAGCCAAAUCCACAAUCAGAAAACCCCGGAGCUGACUGCACCUGCUGCCACCUCUUGUCCCUGUGCUGCACCUGAGUCACCGCAACCUCCAUCCAGCCCUGGAGACAAGACAGUCCUCUUAAAAAGAGUCAGACCUGGAGUCCCUGAGACUGUGUGUCUGAGUCCUCUGGCAGAGGAACAAGGAGCUGGUCCAAACCCUCAGCCCCAGCCUAACGAGACACCUUUGAUAGGCCAGGAGGAAGCACUCAGACUCAGACAGUGUCCCCUGAGGGAAGGUCCCCCCCUGACAGCCAGCACUUCUUUACUGAGGAAGAGGAGCCCGGGGCCGGCCAGGGAAUCAUUUGAAAUGGAAGAGAUCCACAGUUUUGAUGAAAGCAGUGUCACUGGGAGCUACACAGGGGCAGAACAUUCAGCGCAGGGUGUAAUACGGACCAACAGCUGCCAGUCAGACAGCAGUGGCUUCUUAGAGGAGCCCUUCAUCCCCUCCCUCUCCCAGCAGGCAUCACCAGGACCUGAUCUCAUCAAGGCUCUGGCGGGCCUGUCAGGAGGGAGCACCGACAGCCAGAGCAGUGAGAGGCCGGGCUCCCCGUCUCCUCCGUCCCCUCACACCCCUCCAUCUCUCCUUCACUCUUCAUCUCUGACCUCUUCUGCUGUUGAUAAAUCUCCCCUUCCCUCACCCUGUCCUUCACCAGAGCCUUCACCCAGUAGCCCCUCCCCAGAGACAGAGAGUCCACCAGAUCAGGUUCAGUCUCCACCUGACUCACUGCCUGUAGCGGCGUGCGAUCACCUUCCUCCUCGCUCAUCCUCAGCCGAGCUACAGAUCGUUACUGGCUCCCAAUCUCCAACUUCUCCCGCCUCCUGUACCUCUGCCUCCCCUACGUCUCCCCCCACGCAAUCUGCCUCGUUGAUUAAAGAGUCAGAGGAGAUUGAAAUGGAGGAUAAGGAUCCUCCAUGCCCCCACCUGUCCACUGCAGUUCAUGACUCUAAAGACGCAGCAAGUGUCCCUCCUCCUUCCUUAUCUCCUCCCCCCUCUCCAAAUUUGGAUUGCCAGUUUUCUGCCUCCGCUGCGAUGUCUCCUACACAAUCCGACUCCUCCUCUUGGAGUCCAGGGAACAAACAGUCGGAGCAGAAUGAGGUGGCUUUGUGUGAAAAUUCCCCCUCUGCUUCUCGUGACUUAUCACCUCUGCUUCCCCCUUCCCCCGAUGAAUCUCCCUCUGCGCCUCCUAACUUUAAUGUUCCGCCCUCUUCAUCCUCUCCCUCACUGACUGAGUCCCUCUCACAGAGUCCAGAAAACAAUCAAAAUGAUUCCCUUUCCCCAGACUCAGAUGGAACAAGCCGCUCCGAUCCAACUACCAACACACAAAAGAAAGAGGAAGAAACACCGCCAUCUCUGCCCUCUCAGUUGGACGAGGACAAGUCAGACAGCUGUGCCACACUGUCCUGCCUGUCUCCUCACUCCUACACUCCAGUUUAUCAGUCUGCCUCGUUAUCUCCAUCACACGAUUCAGAGGGUCUGAUAGAUCCAACUGUUGGAGGAAUAUCAGAUCUGACCGAGCAGUCCGUCUCCCAACAGGAGGGACCAUGCUGUCAUGAUCAUAACACAGACCCUGCUCCAGCCUGUCCCGUCCAAGAUGUUAUUCAUGAUAAGAUGAAUCACCUCUCCCUGGACCUCGGAGAGGGAGAGGGCGAGAGACACACUGACACUGUGCAGACUCCAGAGGCAGCUGUUUACAUCUCAGACACAGAGAGCUCUGCGGGCCUGUCAGAGGGUUCUCGAUUAGUCUCUGAGGAAGUAUGUAACCAAACAGAAAUAGAUCUACAGGUCCCAUCCUGCAGUUUGCAUGAUGAACUUUCAACUGGAACCAAACCGGAAGAGUGUGAAAGGGGAGAAAACAGUCCUUCAGUUUUAGUGGAAGUGGAACCAGAGGGUCUCAUUAAGAUUGAGAGCUUAGAUGUGGUAUUUCAGACCUCAGUGGAUGGAUCAGAAGGUGAAAAUGAAGACGUGGAAGCCUUUUUUCAGCAGCUUGAUUCAGAGGGGCGAGUCUAUUGGGCAGAACCCAUCCGGGUUUCCAAUCCGACCCCCAUGAAUGAAGAGUCAGACAGCUUUGAAGCCUCAGACAGAUCUCCUGGAGGCCUGGAUGUUCUAGAUCCAUUUUUAUCGUCAUCAUCCCCGACAACAACAGACACUGACCAGACGUCAAGAAAUGCAACUGCCUCCCCAGAUACCAGCUCCUCUGUAACCCUAGCUCCAAUCCAAUCCCCCUCAGCACCCCCGCACCUCAAGCCAUCGAGCCGCUCUGUCUCUGUCCAGAUGCCUUCGACUCUGUCUUCUCAUAUUGUCCACAGGAAGGAUGUUCCCUACAUGACUGACUCAAAACGCACCCUUCUCCCCAGCGUUCUAACACUGGACACCUCCACCCCUUUCCGUGCUGUACAGUCAUGGACAGACCAGCAGAUCCAACGAAACACUCUCACCAAGAAGUUAUCACACGGGGCUCUUCAUGCCGCCCCAAAGGAAGUAAACGUAUCCACGAGUGCCACAGAAGCAGCACAAAGACCGGCACUGAACUUCUCUUCGUCUCCGUAUUUCCCUCUGCUGUCUGACGACUGGCAGUCACAUGACUGUCUCCCCGGGGUGGCUGGAAGUUACCAUACGAUGUCAGUCUCUAUGGAUAAGGAGCUGUGGCCUGACGAGGAGGAAGAGGUGGAUGGCGAUGAAAAUGAAGAUGAGGAGAAGCUUUGGGAGGGCAAUCAGACAGCCACCAUGGCAUGCUGCUGCUCCUGUGACCAUCAACAUACCUGCUGUGCUCAGAGGAGCUACAACAAGCAACACACUCUGGGAAACAGUCCUUACUCCCUCGAUGAGUUGGAGGAGAUGAUGCUGUGUCUGCAGCAGUUUUGCUCUGUGCUCAGCAACAUGGAGGAGCAGCUGACUGAAGACCAGGCUGCAGUUUACAGCGCUCUCUCUGACCAGGACAGGGAGAAGAUUCGGGACAUCGAGGAGCUGAGGCGAGCAGUGAAACAGGAGGCUGGAGAGCUGGAGACGCAGUUGAGUGAACUGGCCCAUCACUACGACGACAGCUUGAAAAUGAAGAUGCACAGACUGUUGGAUGAGCAGUCUCUGCUCUGCUCUCAACUCAGAAUCUUCCUACCUGCAUCAUCGAGCCCCGCCCCCAACAGGACAGUAGCCACUCAGUGCUGUCUACUGCCCUGGAUCCCUCCGGCUGAUCAGCAGAGCGGCCAAGUCUCCUCCUGGAGCACUUGGAAUGUGGACUCCCUCAGACAGUCACCUCCUGGAUCAAAGUGCACCUGUGAGGGCCUGGGAUGUUCUCCCACGAAGGCAGACAAGCUGGACAUGAUGAGUUUCCUUCAGAGAUUGAAGGAGUCUUUGCGUCAUUCUGUGAACACAGACUCGUUGGAGUAAAUGGUGCGAGGCAUGCUGCAUGAGACUGCAUCUGACUGACUCUGACAUUUCCUGAGGUCUUCUAAUCAUAUAUAAUCACAUGGAUGUUUCAGAAAUGCAAACAGCUGAGUGACUGUCUGAUAUAACCCCCUAGGAUUAUGCAAAGAGAAGCGAUUGUAACGGCAUAGAGUAGGCUGUUUCUGAAUUAUUAAAAUGCUUAUUAACAAAGUAUCUCAAUAUAAAUGUAAGACAGAUGAAGAUGUUGUUACACACUAGGCCUCUGCUCAGUGGAUGCACAGCGCUUCAUUUAAAUACCAUGACAACAGACCUUAGAACAGUGAAAAUAGGUUUGUGUUGUUUGUAUGUUCAUGUUCUCUAUCAGUCUUUGUUAUAUUGUCUUAGAAAGCCAUUAAGGCUGCUGUGCUGCAGAGGAGGUUGGGAACAAUAACUCCAACGAGCUGCAGCACACACUUCAGAGCAGGAUGUACCAAUUACCACAGCACAACCCCUCAUCCAGACUUCAAAAGGCUUUGGUUUGAAUGGAGAAUCACAAGUGUUUUAUUUGUAGGAAGCAGAGCUCAUAUGACUCACCUGCGAUGGACAGAGCACGAACAGAAACAAUCUGUUGCUCCCGUUUGCUUCCACACAUAAUGUCACUUCCUAUUAAAAAGUUGCAUACUUGUGCAAUACAACUUGUACAAAUGUUUUUAUUUUCUUAAUACUUCUUAAUACAUAAAAUGUAAAACAAAUAUGAGGGACAUAUUCCUGAAAUAAAAGCCUUU